AAGAACACAUGAGACGAUGGUUCUGGAACUCGCCGGAAAAGUAUUAAUAAUAUUAUUUUAAUUUUGUUUGAUUUUUCUCCAUUAGACCCUAUAAGCAUUGCAGCAAAUCAACGGUGAAUGCAAUAAGAUUCUGUGAAAAUGGUUGUUAUAGAGCCUCAAGAAGGUAAUGAAGAGACCUUAGUCAAUAAUCCUCCAAAGCUAAAAGCAACAACAUCAUCAUCGUCGUCGACGGAUUCAAGCAAAGACACUAAAACCACGGCACCACCAAUAGCGGAGGCGUCAGCGGCUACGAGUGUAAAUGGAAACGAUUCUGAUGGUUUCGAAACGGCAAGUGAACGCGAAAUGAGCGAUAACGAAGAGCUUGAUAAUGAAGAAAUCAGUCAUCAUCUUAAUGAACAUAAACAUCAACCGCCACCGUCAACAACAACACAAGAAGGGAAAGCGAAAGUGGAACCGGGCUGUAGUCAAGACGACGACGAAUUGCAACAGAAAGCUUUAGCACAGGCAAAUGAUGCAAAAUUGGAAGGCAAUAAACUGUUUGGAGAUGGGAGAUAUGAAGAGGCGUUAUUAAAAUACGAUGCUGCUUUACAAGUUGCACUGGAUAUACCUUCAUUUGUGGAGUUGCGUUCCAUAUGCCAUGCAAAUCGUGCUGUAUGCUUCUUAAAAUUGGGAAAAUAUGAGGACACAAUCAAGGAAUGCACAAAAGCCCUAGAACUAAAUCCUUCAUAUAUUAAACCUCUGGUCAGAAGAGGGGAGGCCCAUGAAAAGCUUGAACAAUUUGAGGAGGCUAUAGCUGAUAUGAAAAAAACUUUGGAAUUGGAUCCUUCAAAUGACCAAGCUAAGAAAGCCAUCCGCCGCUUGGAGCCAUUGGCUGCAGAAAAACGAGAAAAAAUGAAAGAAGAAAUGAUUGCAAAAUUGAAAGAUAUGGGAAACUCUUUGCUAGGCCGAUUUGGAAUGAGUAUUGACAACUUCAAAGCUGUCAAAGAUCCAAACACUGGUUCCUAUUCUCUUUCGUUCCAACGUUAGCUUUGGAUGUGGAUAUGAGAUCGCUCGAGUACUUUUUAUAUAAACUAUAUGAGAAGAAUGAAGGUUGUCCAAUUGAAUGAUAUACCAGUCUGGGACAUUGUGUCCAGAAUCAAUGGAUAUACACUAGAGUGAUAUAAUUUGGGAAGAUAUUGUUUUCUUCGUUACAGAGCAUUACACAAUGCAGUGCCGUUUGUAAAAACCCUAAUUUGAUUAAGAAAUUUCAAUUCCAGAUGCUUUGGUUAUUGUUUAAAAUGAUCUUUUGGUUUUGUGAAGGAUUCUUCUGUUGGUCAUGUUAUGGCAUCAUACUGGUUUGUUUUGAUUCAUGUUCUUCAACCCUCAAUAUAUAUAUAUAUAUGGAUUCUUUUUUAUGUAA